AUGCCCUCCAACCCCCGGCCAAGCCCCGCGACCCUUUUGGCUAUGCUGCACAUCAUCCCGCUACAGCAAGCAAGGAUGAACAAAGAUCGCCGGCCGGGGCGGAGACAGCCCCGUUUCACCAGCUGCUGCGAAACAUGGGUACUUUGUAGAGGCGACGGCCGCGUGUUUGGACCAACCACUAUCCUCCAACUCCAGGGGCCAUCCCAGAUUCGGCUUACACAGUAUGCACAAGGUGUCCACGGGGUUCAGGCACAUCAAGGCACCACGUUUCAGAACCACGCUGGGGACCUUGGGGAAGAGCAAAACAUUCCCCGGGCUGAGGUGCCCGAUGCUGGGUAUCAGUACAGUUGGUGUGCUCCGCCUCCGCAAAAGACAUCCCUGCAGAACACCACCAAAUCCGCCCGCUCGGCUGUGUCGGAACCAAGCCAAGACACCCUGUUUCACUACUACUGUCAAAACAUCGAGUUCCUCCGAAGGUCGGCCGAGACCAUGCAGCCGUUUGGCGAUAGCUACAGUACGAGUCUGCACAAAGGUCAUGUGCCCGGCCACGAAGAUGCGGCUGCUGCUGCAGCACGCGAAUAA